GGGCCGGGAUGGGAUGUGGCCGGGGGCCGCGCUGGUGGCAGCGGCCGCGCUGCUGUGCGGCGUCUCGUCGCCGGGCCCCGGGGCGGCGGCAGCGGCGGCGGUGUGGAGCGCCUGGCUGAACGUGUCGUGGGAGGGCGGCGCGGAGCACAACCGGAGCGGCUGGGAGGCGAGCGAGAGCGGCCUGUACGGGCAGGACUCGCCGGUGCAGGCGGCCGCGGGGGUGCUGGUGCUGCCCGACGGCCGCGACUCCUUCAAUGCCUGCAGCUCCCGCACCAACUUCAGCGGGGCCCCCCCGCCCGGCUCCGGCUCCUCGCCGGGCUGGUUCGCGCUCAUCCAGCGCGGCGGCGGCUGCUCCUUCGCCGACAAGAUCCGUCUGGCCGCGGACCGCGGGGCCGCCGCCGCCGUCAUCUACAACUACCGCGGCACCGGCAACGAGGUGCUGCCCAUGUCCCAUCACGGUGCUGAAAACAUCGUUGCAAUUAUGAUUGGCAACCUGAAGGGCAUGGAGAUCUUACACCGCAUCAAGAGCGGCCUGAGAGUGACCAUGGUCAUUGAAGUGGGGAAAAAACAUGGUCCUUGGAUGAGUCAAUACUCAGUCUUCUUCAUCACCAUGUCGUUUUUCAUUGUUAUAGCAGCAUCCAUGGGCUACUUCAUUUUUUAUUCCGUUCAGAGACAGAGGAUUGCAAGGGCCCAGUCCAACAGUCAGCGACAGCUGAGGGCAAUGACUAAGGCAGCGGUGGAACGUUUACAGCUGCGCACCAUGAAGCAAGGGGACAAGGAGCUGGAACCUGAAGGAGAAAUCUGUGGUGUAUGUCUUGAGCCCUUCCAGCUGAAGGAAGUCGUGCGUGUCCUGACCUGCAAGCACCUCUUCCACAAGCGCUGCGUUGACCCCUGGCUCCUGGAGCACAGGACAUGCCCACUGUGCAAAUGGGACAUCCUCAAAGUCUUGCAAGUUGAGGUGGACGUAGAAGGGGCUGAGCAAGCCAGAGGAUCCAGUGCCACAGCAAAUGUCUCCAUAGUUAAUGAUGAGGCUGAUGGUGAUGAAACUGCACCAUCUGGGCAGGCUGCUGCACAAGCAGCAGAGGAAUGUGUUGUGGAAGAAGAGGCACCACCAGAAGCCAUGCCAGAGGAAUCUGUUCUGGAGGAACGUGCACCAUCAGAAUGUGUGCCAGAUGAAUCUGCUGUGGAUGAACAUGCAGCACCAGAAAAUGACAACAUGCAGCUUGUAGUCAAUGAAGCCCAGCCCUCUGCUGCCAAUGUUCUGCCACAAGUUGACAACCCAAGUUUUGAGGCAGACGAAGCCCAAGUUGGUGAAUCGGAUCCCAAGGAGGUGCCCAACAGCCGGGUGUAGGCCUUCGGCGAGGAGCGGCCUGCUGCCAUCACGUGUACUAAACAGCAGAGAAAUACUGUCUUGGCAAUGCUGAGACAAAACAUUUGUUCUAAGCAUAACUGUAUGGUUUGCCAUUCUUACAACCAUGUCUUCCCUGUGGAAUCUAGCUCUAGCAUGCUUCAGAUGAAGCUAUCUUAAAUAAAACGGUCAGAUUUUUAACACUACACCGAAAGUUCCAUCUUCAGCAAAGCUUCUCCUCAGUGUUUGAGUCAUUUAAUAAGCAGAAGCUUCUUCAUGUUGUAGCUGUCUCUACUAGGAAUUGCUUUGACUUUUUUUUUUUCCUGUUUAUUGUUGGAAUUCAAGUGGAUUUUCAUUGUAAACAAAUUGAUUUUGAUCUGGUCUAAUAGUUUAAACCAACCUGUGUCUGGUAAAUAAGCAACACUAUUUAAUAUUGCAGUGCACUAAUUUGAUGGGAGAAAGUACAAACUACUGCCUGUCAAACUGGAUUUUUGCUCUUUGUUUCUCUAGGAAACUGAUUUGAUUCUCUACCUCUCAACUCCAACCCACCAAUUAGCCAUUUCUAAAGGGAAAAAGAGCUUUGAGCUGACAGGCCAAAUCUGACUUGCAUGCUACUGUAAAGGGAACAACUGUAGGAACUUUUCAAACCUGCCUAGAUUAGACAUUUGGAAAGAUCCUCUGUGAUUUGAGGCAUUGGAACCAUCUCUGGUACCAGCAAUACCCCGGAGCUCUGACUUUGCCAGCAUCAGGGAUGACUUCAGGAAGACUGAAGAAGAAAAGACAGAUACUUCCCAAAGGAUCUGCUGUAUUUUGUUCAGAAAAUGAUGCAGCCUCUGGAAAUUGCCGGACUGUUGCCGUGCCUUGUCUUGCUGGUGUGCUGAGAUAGCAGGAAGAGCUCCUGCCCCAUAACCAUAGCAAAGGACUGGAGACCUUGUCUGCCCUCUGUGGCAAGUGGAACUGGGGUUGAGGAGGAACACCAUGUCUCUCAAUGUUAAGUGCAGGGCCUUGCCCAGGGAAGGUAACAGGAUAUUUUACAGAUGCACUUUAUUUUUUAAUCUCUCUAUCCAGGGCUGGUUUCUAAUGUUAGCAAACUUUGUCUUAAGGCCGGCAAUAAAGUACCAUUGAGUCUGGAGGGGACGCAAGGCAUUUUCUUAGCUACAGUGCAACAAAAAUGCUUGUAAAUAUUUCAUGAUUUUAUGGACUAUGGAUGCUAAAAUGUAAAUAAAAUUCUAUUUCAAUGACUGUGACAUGAAA